UGCCCGUGAUGUCAUAUUCUACGUUGGACCAGAUGACUGCAGCUCAUUUGCAUAGAGUUAAAUACCACAAACAGGUUUAGCCCUGUGCUGAUUGAGAGCUCUCUGUUGAUCACUGAAGUCACCUCCAACCACGUAAAUAUGUCAUCACCAUCAAUUAGCUCGUGUCUUAACAAGACUGUGCGCAAGCAUUACAUGAGUCUUCCCCAAGGGGACAAAUGCCAGGUGACUUACAUCUGGAUUGAUGGAACCGGAGAGGGGCUCCGCAACAAAACCCGCACCCUGGCUGCUGAACCAAAAAGUUUACAAGAUAUUCCUGAAUGGAGCUUUGAUGGGUCAAGCACAUCCCAAUCCGAAGACUACAAUAGCGACAUGUACCUCAUCCCGGUGUGUAUGUUCAGAGAUCCGUUCACUCUUGACCCCAACAAACUGGUCCUCUGCGAAGUUCUCAAGUACAACCGCCUUCCUGCAGAAACAAACCAUCGCAUAAGCUGUAAGAAAGUUAUGGACCAUGUGAAAGAGCACCAGAUAUGGUUUGGAAUUGAGCAGGAAUAUACACUCAAUGGAAAAAAUGGGCGUCCGUUUGGUUGGCCUCAAGAUGGAUUCCCUGCACCCCAAGGUCCCUAUUACUGUGGAGUGGGCGCAGACAAAGCUAUCGGACGAGACAUUGUGGAGUGUCACUACAAGGCGUGUCUCUACGCUGGGAUCAAUCUCUUUGGAACAAAUGCUGAGGUUAUGCCAUCUCAGUGGGAGUUCCAGGUCGGCCCCUGUGAAGGCGUUGACUUGGGCGAUCAACUGUGGGUCGCACGCUUCUUGUUGCACCGCGUAUGCGAAGAUUUUGGGGUUAUUGCAACGCUGGACCCUAAACCGGUCGUGGGAAACUGGAAUGGCUCUGGUUGCCACACCAACAUCAGCACCAAGAAGAUGAGGGAAGAAGGAGGACUGCAAUACAUUGAGCAGGCCAUCGAGAAGCUGAGCAAAAGGCACGAGGAGCAUAUUAAAGUGUACGACCCACACGGCGGUCAGGACAACAGGAGACGUCUCACGGGUCAUCAUGAGACCGCCCACGUGAAAGAAUUCUCGGCUGGGAUCGCAAACAGAAAGGCCAGCGUCCGCAUUCCUCAUCAGGUGGGUCAAGACAAGAAAGGCUACUUUGAGGACCGUCGCCCCGCAGCCAACUGCGAUCCGUACGUUGUGACCGAGGCCAUGGCAGGCACCUGCCUGCUUGAUGUCGAUGACGACGAUAAUGAAAUGAAGGGCAAAUAGAUCAGAUGGCGAGACUUAGUCGAUUGUGUCUGCUCGCAGCGUUGUUUCAAAUAGGAGUUGCUUUUGAGUGUACAUGAAUAAAUUAAGUGUUCAUGUGU